AUGUGUGAUACGCGAUUGUUACUCUCCCCUUUUUAUGUUUCAGGUGUGUGCGAUUGCUCAGACUUCACCACCGGGAUGACCUGUGAGCAAUGCCUGGAUGGUUACUACGGCAACGCCUUGAUUGGCACCCCUGGUGAUUGUCAGCCUUGCCCUUGUCCGGACCGCAGCAGCUGUGUCCAAAUUGCUGAGACAGGACAGGUGUUCUGUACCAACUGCCCCGCAGGACAGACAGGGAUGCGCUGUCAGUUAUGUGAAGACGGUUACCAUGGUGACCCCCUGGGCCAGCUCGGGACAGCCCGACCAUGUGUGAGAUGCAACUGUAAUGGCAAUGCGGAUGUCAACGCGGUGGGAAUAUGCGACCACAUCACGGGGCGGUGUUUGAAGUGCCUUGGGCACACAGAGGGUGACCACUGUGAGCGUUGCCAACGGGGUUUCUACGGCAACGCGCUAAGUCCAGCGGCUGACCAGAAGUGCAAGCCAUGCAGCUGCAGUUCAGCUGGCACCUCUGGGCAUGAAAACGAAUGCCACCCUCAGACAGGUAAUUGCAAUUGUCUCAGUCAUGUGACCGGACGGGAUUGCAGUUACUGUGAAGUCGGCUUCUUCAACCUCCAAGCAGGCAUUGGAUGCGAAAGGUGCAAAUGUAAUCCAAUUGGCUCAUCGUCAACGGCAUGCCAUCCAAUCACGGGGGAGUGUUUAUGUCGUGCAGGAGUGGAGGGGAGACUGUGUGAAUCUUGCCGUGCAGGCUUCUAUGGAUUCUCCUCACGAGGUUGCAGAGCCUGCAACUGUGACCCAAUGGGCUCCGUUUCCAUGCAGUGCCACAAUAAUGGCACAUGCCUCUGCCGCCAGGGCUUUGUGGGAUACAAGUGCGACAAAUGUGAGCUGAAUUAUUUCCACAACAGAGCCACUCACCAGUGUGAGGAAUGCCCAGUUUGCUAUGGUCUUGUCAAGAAACAGGCCGAAAAGCUUCAGACUCGCCUACAGGAUUUGGAGAAGCUUCUAUCUCACUUUGAUUGCAGGGGUAGAUUUGGGAAGCAGCCCCACCUGCUGAAGAAUCACAUGGCCCGGCUUUAUGAGCAUGAGCACCAAAGGGAAGACACUUUUCCCAAUGCUCUGGAGGAUUUUCUCGCCUUCCAAGAGGCUCGGGAAUCCUUCAUAAAACAAUUUUCUUUGCUGGAAAAUUCGACCGCCACACUUUUAGCCCAGCUCCAUGGCAUCACAUUUAUCCUGAACUGCAGCAUCAUCACAACAGAGGAAGACAGGAAGGACAUGAGAAUGGAUGAAAGAAGUAGAGAUGUGUGCCAGACCUUCACAGACACUUUACUGAUGAUCAGAGCCUCAGAGAAGCAGCUAAAGCAAGCAACACAGGACAUGGACAACAUGAUCAUUCCUUUUGAAGCUAUGUCAGUGCCUAACAAAUGGAACAUUAUGGUCAAUGACUCACAGCUUCUAAUGAAAAGUCACACAGAAACGGCCGAGCAUAUUGAGGCCAUUGCCAGCAGGGCGGUACAAGUCUCCAAGCAGACUUUCAGCUUCCUGAUGGAUCUACUUCAGGACAACUCGACAGAGGAGUUCAUCAGGAAUCUAACACAGCGAAUAACACAAAUGCAGCAGAGGAAGAUGAACCUGACUGUGCUUCUGAACAAUACCGUAGCUGAACAGCUGACCCUCGAGGACGAAGACGCUGGUUUAAAUUUUGCCCUUAGCAACAUCACAUCAUCCUUACAUCAGCUCAGUUCAACACGCCCAAUAGGAGUCAGAACAUCAAGUGCUGACCAAGCAUUCCCCAAUAUGGAGGUCAGUGGAGACAGACUGUCUUGGGGUGAGAAUCUUAUUAAGGAGACAGAGGAGCUGGGCCAACAAAUUCAAACCAAAGACAAUCUCAUCAAUAAGAUCAUAGAGGAGAUGGAGACUACAACACAGACAGCCAAUAAGAACUUGGAGAAAGUGGAUGAUAUCAACAAGCUCCAGGAGCAGGCUCAAGAGGCAAACGCUGUGGCUUUGUCAUCUGUGGUAAUGGGGAAAGCGGUGGAAUCAGAAGCCCUCGCCUUGCACCGACAACUGGAAGGCAAGCCUUUUUUUAUAUCUGUCUAUCUAACUAUAUUCGUUGACAUGGUGACAGAGUGGCCCCGCCAGCAGGUCAGGACCAAGGCCGCAUUGAAGAAAGAAAGACCCCUGCAGGAUAAGGUUUUAGCUGAUGUCAGGAAGACGGUCUCACAGAUUGAAAAUAUGUUAGAACCAGCAGUGGCAAACUCCAGCCUCAUAAGCAACACCACAGAGGAAGCAGAGAAAAUGGCCCAUAAUGUGGCAAAGAAAUCCAAAGCUGCUUUGACCCAAGCCAAACAUACCAGGACUGCAUCAGCUCACCUAAACACGCACAUAGACGCCGCUCUACAACAGCUGUCUGAGCAGGAGCUACUGACUGGGAAAGCAAAGUCCCAAACCACUUCAGAGCCCGAGGUGUCCCUGACCAGCAUCAAGGAAGACGUGGAAGCAGCCAAGCUCCAGCUAGAGGCCUACUCUCUCACACUAACCCAGCUGAUCAGUAAAAUUGAUGGGAGCGUGCCACUAGAGCGAUUUGAUCGGAUCUUGAACGAGACGGCGCGGCGUCUGAGCAUGCUGCGAGGGAGUGUGGAGAGCCCGGCGCUGGGCACGAAGAUCCAGAAGCUGAACUCAGCCGCUGAGGAACAGCAGAGCCGCCUGUCCCUCAUCGAACAGGACAUACGGGAGAUCACAGAGGAGAGAGACAGUCUCAGGGACAUUGCCUCAAACCUGCCCGAGUCCUGCCCGCAGGCUGCAGGAGCAGCUGGACCCUAG